AUGGAACCACUCCCCCCACCGACCCCUCGACGCCGGGUCCUAUUCCUCAAAACCUCAACCAAACCCCUCUCCCUCAUGGACCCCAGCUACACCCUCCUCCUAGAAACACUUCACAAAAAGGGACUUGAAGUCGAAGAACGCAUCUGGUAUCCAUCUCCAGAAUCACUUACCCCCAAAGAUCUAACCACGGCCUACCAAUCAAUAACCUUCCUCGCCUGCUGGGACUAUAACCUGCAUAUCACCGAAUUCCAUAAAUUCCUUGAUGAAGUAAUAACACCAAUACAAAAAUCUGGUAUCAAAGUCGUUAAUCCCGUGGAAUUGAUACGUUGGAAUUCGAAUAAAAUAUACUUAAAGGAUUUACAGAACGAUUUAGGGGUUGUUAUACCUGAUACUAUAUUUGUUGAUACGACGGGUGGUGACAGUGGUGGUGAGAUUCCGGGGUAUCAAGAUGUUAUAUUGAACCACCGAGGAGCGAUGGGAAGUCAUGGAGUGGUUAUAAAACCUUCUGUCUCUGCAUCGGCGAAGGAGACGCAUCGAGUUCCCGAUCUGAAUUCUGGAGAAUAUGAUCCAUUGAAAGCACAGGCGAAUUGGGCACAAGUAUACGAAUACGCCCGAUCACUUUCAUCAUCAGUAAGAGUCAUGAUCCAAGCGUUCGAACCAGCGAUCAAAAACGGGGAGUAUUCUAUCAUCUUCUUAGGUGGGGAAUACAGUCAUACUAUUCUAAAACGACCUGUGGAAACGGAUUUUAGAGCUAUUGAAGAGUAUGGCGCUCGGAUUGGCGAAUUGGAGAGUUCGAAGGUUCCUGAAGAAGGGAAAGAGAUUGGAAGGAGGGUUAUAGAAUAUGUUAGGAGAAGGUUUGGGUAUGGAGAGGAUUGGAAGUUGGGGUAUUUGAGACUGGAUGGGGUGGGUAGGGAUGAUGGGACGUUUGUGGUUAUUGAAGCGGAGAUGUUGGAGCCUUAUGUUUACCUUCAUGUUGAGGGGGCGAAGGAAGGGUUAGAGAGGUUUUGUGGAGUUCUUGGGGGGUUGAAUUGA